CUCUCUUCAUAUACAACUACAAAACGCUAUAUGGAUUCGUUCAUGGAACCCUCGAACUGAAAGGCUUUGAACAAGCAGUAGACGUUGGAGCUAUUUUACUGUGUCUGUCUCGAAACAUGCGCGCGGAGAACAGAUCGAGCGGCGACAACGCCGCCAAGAGCAAGAAGAGAAGGCAGCGCUAUCUCCCCCACAACAAGCCAGUAAAGAAGAAGGGUUCGUACCCAUUACGCCCUGGAGUACAAGGGUUCUUCAUCACGUGCGAUGGAGGCCGGGAAAGCCAGGCUUCCCAUGAAGCCAUUAACGUUAUUGAUUCUUUUUUUGAAGAGCUAGUCCAAGGGAAAGGUUCAGAUGUCAAGCUUGCUGAGUUACCAAAUAAACCUCUAAAUAAGAAGAUUAAGUUCUCAGAUUCUGAAUCUUCUAGUAGCGAUGAUGAUGGUGAUGAUGAAGACGAGGAGGAGGAGGAGGAGGGGAAGGAGGAGAAGGAGGGGAAGGAGGAGGAGGAAGACAAGAAUAAAUCAGGUACUUGUCAGGAUGAUAUUGGCAGUCAUAAGGUUGCAACAAAUCAGGAGCCACAUCCUCAUACAAAAGAUGAUGUGCACGAUGGAAAUCAGACAGAAGAAAAAACUAAUGAUAUUGAAGGGAAUGGUAAGAAUCAUGAGAAUCAACCAAGAGAAACUGAGGAGCCACCAGCAAAGAAACAAUGUCUAGGAACAGAUGCAUCGAAAUGUGUGAUCCAUGAAAAAGUGGAGGUGAAGUCUAUUGAUAAACUAAUUGAGGCUGAACUUGAAGAAUUGGGAGAUAAGAGCAAGAGGCGCUUUUUCAAGCUUGAUUCGGGUUGUAAUGGCGUUGUCUUUAUUCAAAUGCGGAAGAGAGAUGGAGACCCUGGACCCAAAAAUAUCGUGCAGCACAUGAUGACAUCUGCUGCAUCAACAAGGAAACACAUGUCAAGGUUCAUCUUAAGAAUGUUACCUAUUGAAGUGGCAUGCUAUACUUCAGAGGAGGAAAUUUCAAGAGCAAUCAAACCUCUUGUGGCACAAUAUUUUCCAGUGGAUCCUCAAAACCCACAAAAGUUUGCAGUAUUGUUUGGAGCCCGUGCAAAUAGUGGUAUUGACAGAAUGAAGAUCAUAAAUGCAAUUGCAAAAUCUGUUCCCGGACCGCAUAAAGUUGAUCUUAACAAUCCUGAUAAAACCAUUAUAGUUGAAAUUGUGAAGACUGUGUGCUUGAUUGGGGUUGUCGAGAAGUACAAGGAAUUGGCUAAGUACAACCUGAGGCAGCUUACAUCACCCAAGCCGUAGCCAUGUCAACCUUUUGAUUUGUAAUGUGAAUUGUUGGCAUUUGAUAUGCUGUGUUAACAUAGUGUUUUGGUAUUGAAUAUUUAACAGUUGGGAUGACAGCGAGUUAAAUCCACAUUAAGGAUCUUGCGUUAAGAAAUGAGAGAUGUCAUAAUGAAAAUCCUAAGUAGUCUAGAUAGCGAUUAAUGUUAAAUACCACAUUUUUAUCUUAUAAAUAUUCUGCAAUACUGAUGUGGCAAGUCUUAAUCA